AGCUGAGUAUGUGAUAUUUAAUUGUUUGCUAGAAGAUACACCAUUAUUUUUACGCUUUAUAUUCGAGCGUCUCACACGCAUAAAAAAUAAAGAUGAACUUAUAUUUAUUUUACGUAAAAUGAUUCAACGGUUACCUGAAUUACCAAUGCAAACAGCACAUGCUCUGUUCAAUAACUUAGUCGGUUAUAUUAUGUUUCAUAUUCGUACACCAAGUUUCAAUGCACCUCAGUCAAUUGCCAGUGCGUUAUCAGUUCUUCAUUUGAUUAUUCCAUACGUUCAAAAUAUCUACUUUAAGGAUUUGAAACAGACAAUGAGAAGAGAACAAAUCGACUCUACACUUCUACUAACAGCUAACUUACCUUGUGCUAAACAAUUCAACGUGUUUGAUAAUAGUAUUGGUGUCGCUCAACUAGUUCGUUUACAAGACGAAAACAAGGACUAUCAGUUUGAAGACAUUCUGAAAGAUGCUCUGUCAGCGAGUGACAUACUCGAAGAUGAAAGAAGUUCUUACUACCUUUGUGACGAACGUUCUAAUAUUAUACGAAACUCUUCCCAUUACAUUCGUGAUUUCUAUUCAUUCAAACGUAAUCAUACUCCUAAAUUACGCUUGCGUCAGUAUGAUAAGAAACACGGCAUGUAUCUACUGCAACAAAAUGCUCUCAGUCUGAAAUUUCAAGAAAUUGGUAAAGUAUCAUUUACGCUGUCAGUACUUCGAUGUACGCCAACUGCACAGAUUCCCAAUCACGUUUUUUUCUUACAUGAAGAGUUAACUAAACUACCAUCAUUUCCACGUAAAGCAUUAGAAUCGGACUUCAAUCUUUACGACUGGCCUACAUAUGGACGUCCACUAUUUGCAUUAGAUACAAUACACAAGUUAUCUUGGUGUCAUUUAAUAUCCAGUUUAUUCAUGAUGAUGCCUAAAACUUAUCCAUGGUCAUCGGAUUUACAAAUAUUUUUGAAUGUAUACAAUGGUACACUGAUAUUACAUGCAGAAGACUCAUCAGUUUUACGACAGUGUCUAGCAUUCUUCAUACAGUGCUGUUAUCAAUUCAAAACAGUAUUUGCAACCACAGGCUACUCUGGUAUUGUACCGACAUUGGUACGUGUUUAUAACCAAAAUACACAUAAUCCAGUACUUACACAAGCUAUUGAAUUUACAUUUAGACAAUUUUAUGUAAUGCAUAGAACACCAUUUAUAUUACAACUGCUAGGAUGCAUCGCCAAUUAUGUAACGACUAAUAAUGAAAUAAUUGGUGUGGGAGAUGAAUUUUACCGAAUUCAACCAGGGGCUGUAUACAGAUUAUUACGUGUUAUAAGCCGUCCUUUAGAUGAUAACCUUCGUAUUUUGGAGUUAUGUAAUAUUCAGAAGCCGUUGGAAGCUUUGGAUUUUUGUUAUGACGAUGAAGAGGCUAACUGGUCUAUUUUGGAAGUAAUCAAUCUCUGUGUAGCUGUCAUAGUCUAUGCUCCUGAUUCAUAUAGAUCCAGGCAAAUGUUGAUUAUUCUCCAAGCUCUGGUGCCACUAAUUCUUAAAGACUUGCCAUACAUAUGUGCAGAAGAAGGCAAUGGUACUGAUCCAAAAAAGGCAGAGUUAACAGCUAUUCAGAAAAUUUCAAUAGCAAUGCGUCAGCUUACUUCAACAGCCGAGUUCAUGAGCAGAAGAAUUGAAGACAUUCGUCAACUGAAUUACCUUGCUCCGGGUGGUCCAACUGAAUGUCGUAAGGAAACACCUGGUCUCUUGUUGACUGGAGUAGCCACCAGGCUAGUAAAUUAUGAAGUUGCAAAGAGUAACUUCAAGUCAUUAGAUAAAACAAAAUAUAACGAAACAGCUGAGAAAACAACAAGAAGUGGAUUAUGUGGUGAAAUCAACACUUUGUCUGUAAAUAAAGGUUUUCCUCUAUCAGUAAGUUCAAAUACAUCACAUGAAAGGGAGAUUCAGUCGAAUCAAAUGCUGAGAAAUCCUGCUGCAGUAACAAGUGGUCAUCACCGUCCGACAGCUUAUGAACCCAGAGAAGCAGUUUUACAGUUGGCUUGCGAAUUUUUAUCUACCUGUUCCGGGCGUCUUUUGGAAAUGGAAGAAAAACAACGUAUAUCUGAUCUUUUAGACGCUAAAUCACACAUGCGAUUAGCCGAUAUAGCUCAAUUCAUGCUGAAACAAGUUUCUAACAGCCCAGAUUUCCUAGUUAGUUCAGCUUUACAACGUUAUUUUCUGGAAGUGCUGCCAGUUAUCGAUUGGAGCCAUGAAUCACUGAGAUCAUGUAAAGCAUUGGAAUGUCUUUUAGGUCGACUGAAUAGGACGCUACCAAAGAUGCUUGAAUUCGCCAUUAGAUCCAAGACGACUAAUCAUUGGGAUGAAUUUGUGAAGUUGAUUCGAUCAGUUUAUUAUAUACUGAAAAGGAAUCGAUCUGUAGCACAUAUGAAAGAAAUUCGCGUUUUAGCUGAAAUUUUAAAGAAAGCUGUCGUUUUUGACAUAUCUAGAUAUUUAUCUAGCUUUCCUAAAUCACGUCUAGAUAUUCAACCUAAUCAUGCGACUAGUCAUCAUGGUAGACCAAGCUUUGGAGAAGUUUUGUUCGGAAUUACAUCGCAAGAAUCAAGCAGUAUAAGUGCUUCUGUAGGAGUUCCAAAACAAUCCAACAAAAUGAAACACACUCCUUUAAAUGGCGAUGCCGGAUCGUAUUGUUCACCUAGACACAGCAAUCAAGAAAAUUGGCCUGAAACUGACCUUGACGAGAGUGAUAAAUAUCCCUACCAGUUCACUACUGAAGUGAUUCGUCUGUUAUCCCUUUUCUUACAGAUUUUAGGACCCCACUGCAGUUUAAAAGAUUUAUGUGAACGAAUUUCACCAGAGUACAACAUUCGUUUUCCAACAUUACGCGAAGGUGGAUUUCAGACGCUUGUAAUUUACUUAAACAAUCUAAUACUACCAAUGUUAUUUCGAGGUUGUGCUGGACGCAAAGACUCACCAACUCUUUCAAGAGAUAAUGUUUUCUAUGCACUGGAUGUAUGUAUAACGGCCUUGUUUGCAACAGAUUAUUCAUCGAAUACUGAUGGACAAAGAUCUAUAUACAAUUUGACCACCAUAAGUAACUCAACUCAACAACAGCAACAAACAUGUGAAUCGAGUCAAUCAGGACCCCUGUCUGGUAAAUUAAAGGAUAAAAGUAAUAAAAGUCAAACUACAGGAUUUGAAGUACGCGCAAAUCCAAGUAUAUCACUUAAUAGACAAGCAACUGGAUCCAUUGCACAAGACAAUAUUUCCACUAUUACCACUUCAAAUAAUAACUCUGCUUCAAUAAAGCUAGUUAAUUUAUCGAAUUUAUCAACAGACUGUGAAGGUGGUUCGUAUGCCAGUUUAAUACGUUUACUUAGUCCAUCGUUGGUUAAAAUCCUGCCAGAGGAAAGCGGACCUUUGACUACUUCAGUACAAAUUACCAUUUCAAAUAAAUGUCAAGGAAAACAAGAUAGUUUUCAGUUAAAAUCACGUCCUUCUGUAAUACCGAAUUUAAACAAAACAAGUAUAUUAACUCAGAAAAGUCGUCCACAAGCAUAUUAUUCUAAACUUUUAGAUCCAACUUCAAUUAAUCUUGGGUUUCCCAUAGAUAAAAUUAAAAGUUUUAAGGCUGAGUUUGCGCACCGGCUUGGAUUUUUGGGAUUGAAAUUAAUUCUUGUGGGGUAUACGCGUCAUGCGGCUGUUCGAAUGAAACUGCUAGUAGCUGCAUUAACACAAUUAGCUUUGAAUGGUCAAAAUGGUAUCCAGCUGUGGAAAUUUUUCGAUUUCUUAGUCACUUAUAGACCACCACUAUUUGUACACUUACUGCCAUUUAUUCGAUUCAAAAUGGCUCUACUUCAGUGUGCAAGUCAAGGGGAACAAGCGUAUCAACAAAUUGUUAAUCAAAAAUUAAUUGGAUUACAUUUACCUAUCCCACAAACAGUCGCUUCAAUUUUAAGAAGUUUGUCGAAUGAACUGCAAAUUAUCAACUCUGAUAUAAAAGCGUUUAGUAAACGAAUUUACAACGAAAUAACUUCUCCUAGAACGUCAGGUUUACAUGAUUCAUUGCGUCGUUUACGUUCAUCAGAUAAUACAAGUUCCGUUUCCGCUCGUAGUAACAAGCAUACUAAAUUAACUAAAGUUGUGUCGAAAAAUGCAAAUGAAUAUACACAUAAGUCUUCGCACAAAGUGUCCUCAAAAGAUCAAGUAAAUCAGAAAGUACAAUCACAUGUUCUGGCUUCAGUUACAUCGAACUCUACAUGUAGUGUAGAUUACCGUGAUGAAAAUAUCAUUGGAAUAUCAAAUUUGGACAGGCAUUUACUUGGAAGAAAAAGCCUCAAUCAGGAGUUUAGACGAACUACUGGAGUACGAGAUCCUCGAAAACGUAUCCAUGCACAUGAGGGCAGUUGUCUCCUAGUGAGAACUAGAGAUUAUGGUCAAGCGGAUCCAAUUUUAACUGCUUCUGCAGAAAGUCUAGUAAGAAAAAGCCAAAAAACAGGACAUAAAAGGAUUAGAACUCAGGAGACAAAGAUGACUGGGAAUGCUCAGAUGUAUAAAAAUCUUCGUACGGAUACUUUGCAAGCCAGACUAUCUAAUGAUUCAAAUGCAGAUAAUCAAAGUGAAAAUUCACUAGUUAGUGAAGGGUUAAUAACACCAGUUGGACCAGCAGCAGCUGCCGCAAUCGCCUCAUCGCUUUAUGGAUCUGGUGCUCCAUAUCUACAUGCACGAGUACGAGCCCGGCAAGAAUUAGCCUCCCUAGUCAAAAUACCAGCACCCAAGCUGAAUUCACGUGAAAAGCUAACCGAAAUUGACUUUGCAUUCGUACCAGAAGUAAGCGGUGACGACUAUAAAAAAUCACCUAUUCAACAGAAAUCCAAGUACCAAUCGAAUCAGACUAAAGUAGAGCAUAAAGUUACAGGGAAUUUUAUGUUGAAACUCGAAGACUUAGAAGAAAAAUCUCCAGAUGAAAAGGAUCAACUGAGGGAUAUUACAAAAUCACUAAUAACAACAUCGAUUGUGGUUGAUACAACCAACAUUCCAACUACCAAAACGACAACAUUAGCAGAAGCUCCAAGGGUGGUACAAAUGACUGGGGAUAAAAUUAGUUCAAUGAUUUCGGGAAAAUCUAAAAUUAAUUACGUCUGAUAUACACUUAUCUUUUUUUGAAAUAAGAUUCACUAAAAAUUCAUAAAACUAAGUAAGACUCACGAAUGUCUUGUUUUUUAAUGUGAGUAAACUAUCAAGAAGUGAGCAUCUAACAUUUUCUUUAACAUUAUUAGAUUUCUAAGCACUACCUCCGUUUCCUUUCUUUUUUGGAUUUCCCCAGUUGAUAUUUUCAUAAGAGUAAUAUUUAACCAUUACUAUCAUAUUCGCUUCCUUCUUGUCUGUGAUUAGAAUUGAGAAAAAUACACAGAAUCUUAAUGACGAUUCUAAAUUUCGUUCACAUCGACUUAUUGGUUUCCGAGCUUAAUUUUCUAGAUUUAACGUGCAUACUAGUUCAGACAUGAAAAGAAACAUCAUGAAACCACUCAGCUACUUUAAUAU